UGAGUUGGUCUUAAUGCGGUACACCCAUUUCCCCGAGAGGACGUUCUUCCCGUUGAUGCUUGUUGCAGGUACCAGUUUCCAUGUUUUCCGGUCUUGCAGAGCCUUUAACUCCUUUUCCAUCGCUUCCUUCCAUUUCGCCUUAUGUUCCCCCCCCAGAGCCUGCGACAAGGUUGAAGGCUCUCGCGGAGAAGGCGGCGGCGGAUGCUGGACGGAGACCCAGAGGCCUAGAAUCUGCAGUCCCGUGGGUGUGUGUCGAGGGGAAUUUUCAUUCCCGGAAUAAGCUGCUUCGUCACCGUCUUCUGGGUCAGGUGUGGUGAUGCGUUGUUGGGGAGCGAUGACGAGGAUAACAGGUUGUGCAGGUGGACUGCAUGUGUCAUCGCGUCUGGCCACAGUGUGUUGGGCAGUUUCAUUCCCAGGAGCAGCUUUCGCAUUGUCGUCUGCAAGGUCCGGUUCAUGCGUUCUGCGACCCCCUGCUGCUGGUGAGCGUAUGGUAGGGACACCAGGCGCCUGAUUCCUCUUUCCGCCAGAUAGGUCCUGAAGCGUUGUGACUGGUAUUCCAGUGCGCCGUCUGACUGGAAACUUUUUAGCUUGGUUCCUGAUUCCCGUUCGGCGAUGGGGAGCCAUGUUGUGAAGGCGUCGAAGGCUUGAUCGCGCGUCUUGAGGUUGUAAUGCCAAGUGUAUCUUGUUGCUGCAUCGACGAAGGUAAUGACGUAGUUGAAGUCGGCUUCCGUGUCGUCUCGAGGCAUGUUCAAGAUGUCGCUGUAGACUUUUUCCAUCGUUGCAUAUGCAGGCGCGCUUGGAUUAUGAUGUGAUGGGAAGGGUUGAUGAGGAAGAUCUGCUUCGGGGCACGUGAAGCACCGUGCGCGAGGUCGUCGAAGUUCUUGGCCGUUCGUUGUUAGGAGGGCGUUGCGUUCUAACACUUCGGCUUGGAUGGUUUGUAGUAUUGUACUAUUUGCAGGGUGCCCGAGGCGUUGGUGCCAGAUGUCGUCGGGAGCGCGAUGGCCGGGUGAGCGGUGGUAUAUGUCGGCGUUGGAGAAGAAUGCGACGACUGUGGCGGGACUUCGACAGACUUCUCGUGUGAUGGGCAUAAGUUGAUCUGCUUCGGUUGGCGGUCCUCGGACUGCCGGUGGUGGUACUCGGCUUGGUCCUGCUGCUGCUACUGCAGGUAUGGUGUUGGAGUGCCAGAAGCCGUCACUGUCGAAGUCGGGAUCAAGAUCCGGCGGGUGUGUCCAGGCGGCGAACGAUACGAUACCGUCGCUGUCGGCAGUACCGCGGUCGGGGACAAAGUCCAACACGAAGACACCGGACUUCAGGAGGGCACGACCUAUGAAGAGGCCGCCCUUCCCGUGGUAAAGCCGGAACUCGUUGGAGAAGGAGUCGCACUCCAGGUUUUCGUUGUUGGCGACGGUGAUGACGACGUCGCGGUUGAGCCGUUUCUCCUGUUGCACGAAGCGUCCCGAGGAGCACAUGUGUUGACCGCAGCAGCUGUCCAGGAACCAGGUGUUUCAUCCGGUUGGUUCGGCGUUGGCGACCGCAGCGUACGUCGGAUUGACUUGAAGUCCUUGUGAGCGUGGUGGCGGGAGCUCUUCUUCGUCUGGCGCAUGUUGAAGAGCGUCUUGGGGGACUUGCUUGGGUUGAAGCAACUUGUGGGUCUGCUGGACGGUAAACGCGAGGGCGGUUGCAGUUGACCUUGGAGUGCCCGGAAGUCUGACAGUUGUGGCAGAACGGCGGCACAAAGGUCCAUCUCCUGUUGUUCAGCGUGAAGCUCGGCGCAGAGGUGCAUCUCCGAAAUUCUUCCGUGGGCGCGAAGAAGUGAUCGUGUGGUUCUCCAUUCUGGCCCGAGCCCGGCGAGGACAAGUGUCACGAAGCUUUCUUCAGUGAUUGUUCCUCCGCACCGAAGCAGGCGGUCGCGGAGAGUCUGGCAUCGACUCAUACAUUGCAUUGCCUUUUCCCCGGUCUUCAUCUGAAUUGUUGUCAGUUGUUGCAUGAGUCUGCUUUGCGUCACGCUGUCGUUUGCUUGAUAAAGGCACUUGAGAUGAUGCCAUGCGAGUUCCGCGGAGUUCCCAUAACUCCGAUAUGUUCUGAUGCUCUGCUGUUCUUGUGGUGACAGGUUCCGCAGGAGGACUGUAUACGCCAGCAGCGACUGAUACGUGAAGAUCUCUUGCUCCUUUCCAGUGCCGUUGCUUGGAAAUGGCAGGGACCCGUUGAAGUAUCCCAGAAGAUGCGCGGCCUCCAUCAGCAGCUCGAACUCGAAGCUCCAGCUGCUGUUGGUUGGGCGCGGGGCGGCAUGAACUCGAACGUCCCCGGUGAAGAAUGAUACGGCGCAAAGGUGUCCUUGUCUGCUGCUGCUGGUCGAAGUGCGACAUGAAGCUGAAGAACCUUUCCAUAAGGUUGGGGUCCACGCUUGAAGAGGGAGAUGGAGUAACCAUCUCUGGUACUCUUCCCGUUGUUUCUUGAGCAGUCCCGGUCUCUGUCUGCAGUCCUGAGGUGUGCAGACCAGAGUUGCCGUGUUGAGUUUCUUGGCCGCUGGGUGAGCCCGUAGAGACUUUCUUGCCCUUGCUGUCCAUGUCUUGCAAUCAAUGAAGUCGUUGAAUUGAGUUGAGUUGCAGGUUGGUGAUAGAACGUAGUUGCUGGGAGUUUGGUCUCUGACCAGCUCUCAUACCAUGUUGGGCUGAGAAAAGCCCUUGGGAUCUUUCCAGAGACUAAGUCCCAGCUGUAGAGACUUUGAGACUUGGGGUAGUGCAGCGGAAGUUGAGGCAGUUGAACCCUUGUACUAGUAUGUGAGAACAAGUGAUUGAUUAAGGAAACAAGCAUACAGCAAUAUAUAGAAGAUAAGAAAGCAGUUGUAGAGUACAGUUACAGGGACGGUUUAUCGAGUCGCACAGCGACUCGAUUGCUGCUUCGGUUACCAUCCAUGAUGCUGUAACGGUCAGUCGCAACCUCCAGUUGCGACCUUUCGCAUUCAUUGUCCGC